AUGUUUAGUCAAAUUGCGUCUUCAGUUCUGUUCCUCUCAACAUUGACCUCUGCCUUGCCAGUCAUGAAACGGGCUCCUGUGGAGUUUAAUAAUUUCCAGCUCAAGGUAUACAGUGCAGACCCUGCUGUUGACGGAUUAUUUGUGACUCCUUAUCACGAAGGUGCUGGUUUCAACACAGCCUUUGCGAUCAGUUCUAGUACCUCAACAUACAAUUUGACUGGAGGUGCCCUUCUAGCUAAUAUCCCUGGCACUCUGGUGUACAAUGGAGAAGUGAUCCCAACCAACGAAGAGGCUACCCUGAAUUCACUUCAAUUUAAUAUUGAUGCAGGUGCUACCGGCUUCUCAUUCGAUGAAUCAGGCUUCCUUCAGUAUAACCAGAGCCACCACUGGCUCUCGUGCCACAAUAUUGGUGACCCAUACAACUACCCCGAAGCAUCCAUCGCAUUCCAAGUAGGCUCUAUUCCAGGAAACUGUGAAGCUGCUUUUAUUGUCAAGGUAUAA